UUAAUGCUGCCGAUUAAUCGCGGGCAAUCUUGACCGGUGAUAAUUAUUGCCUGCGACACGGAUACGUUACGACCUAGCGGUUCGUUUCGACCGCUGGGCACGCGUAUCCCUUAUGCACGGAAACGCGAUACGUGAGCCGCGUGGAGAUGCCAGGGGGCCUUCGGGUAACCGGAAGAAUAAAUAUUUCAGGGGACGAGUCGUGGGGGCGUGAGUAUCUCAUUUUUUCGCCCGGCCAUGAGACACGAACUGGGACGAUCGGGCCAUUUGUUUUAAGAAUUGAUCGUCCUGCGCUGGCCAUCGACAUUCUCGAGAAGAAGGACUCCGCGACGAGUGAUGCGCACCGUGAUGGAAUACGUAAAACCUCCGUUUCAAGAAAAGUCGUUCGAACUACACGGUGCGAAGUCACCGACAAAGCCACCAUACGUGCCCUCAUCGUGCCGCGAGUCGGUGAAUCCGGAUUAGGACGAACUCGGAAAAAAUCUGAGGGGCGAUAAUGUCGGGGGAUCGACAGAAGAGACGAAAACUGGACCGGAUAUAGAGUUCCGUGGUGGGUCGACACUCACACACACACACACACACACACACACACACACACACACGC